GCAUCUUCAACUACACGUCGGCGUCGUCACAUAACAGAGCCGGAAAGCUCCAUUUCUCUACUUAAAUGGAUAUUCAACCUCUCUCUUUACCUCUUCAUUAAAUUCUCCUUCGCUUUCCCUUUCUCCUCCACGCCUAUCUGUUUCCCUCCAUCAGUUCACACCUCCUUAAGGGAGAAACCAUUCAAAUAAUAUACCCAAUGCUCGCAUCCCUGUUCUGUUCUUGCUUAACGAUCAAUGCGCUAUGUUUUCCUAAUCCUUCGAAUCGAAAUUUCUAGGGUUUCUUAGUGUGUUUUUUUUUUCAAUCAGAAGCUAGAAAUAGUAAGUCAUGGCUACGAGUCGAAUCGCGAGUAGCAUACGAGAGGCAUGGGAGACGCCGUCGGAGUCGUUUCCAAAGAGCAGAAGGAUGGAGGAGGAAGAGGAAGAGUUGCGGUGGGCGGCGAUUGAGAGGCUUCCGACGUACGAACGGAUGAGGAAGGGAAUAAUACGACAGGUUAUGGAGAAUGGAAGAGUGGUUGAGGAAGUGGUGGAUGUGACGACGAUGGGAUUUAUGGAGAGGAAAGAGCUGAUGGAAAGGAUGGUGAAGGUUGUUGAAGAAGAUAAUGAGAAGUUUCUGAGACGGAUGAGAGAAAGAACGGAUAGAGUUGGGAUUGAAAUUCCGAAAAUCGAAGUUCGUUUCGAGGAUUUGUUUGUUGAAGGAGAUGUUUAUGUUGGGAGCAGAGCUUUGCCGUCUCUGCUCAAUGUUAUACUCAACACUUUUGAGAGCUUGAUUGGGUUGAUAGGGCUGGUUCCAUCCAAGAAGAGAAAAAUUCAUAUACUUAAAGGUGUCAGUGGAAUUAUCAAACCUUCAAGGAUGACAUUACUUUUGGGUCCUCCAAGCUGUGGGAAAACUACCAUGUUGUUGGCACUUGCUGGGAAACUUGACAAAAAUUUAAAGGAAAGUGGGAAAGUGACAUACUGUGGGCAUGAAAUGCAUGAGUUUGUGCCUCAAAGAACCUGUGCUUAUAUCAGUCAACACGACCUUCAUUGUGGAGAGAUGACAGUGAGAGAGUCGUUAGAUUUCUCCGGUCGUUGUUUGGGAGUUGGCACAAGAUAUCAACUUAUGGCUGAGCUUACAAGAAGAGAGAAACAAGCAGGUAUUAAGCCAGAUCCUGAGAUUGAUGCUUUCAUGAAAGCUAUCUCUGUUUCAGGCCAAAAAGCAAGUUUGGUUACAGAGUACAUUCUCAAGAUACUUGGGUUGGAAGUUUGUGCUGAUAUUUUAGUUGGUGAUGAAAUGAGGAGGGGAAUCUCUGGAGGCCAGAAGAAACGUCUUACUACAGGGGAGAUGCUGGUAGGACCAGCAAAGGCUUUUUUUAUGGAUGAAAUAUCAACAGGCUUAGACAGUUCUACCACAUUUCAGAUAUGCAAGUUCAUGAGGCAAAUGGUUCAUAUAAUGGAUGUAACAAUGGUCAUUUCUCUUCUACAACCAGCUCCUGAAACUUUUAAUCUAUUUGAUGAUAUCAUUCUUCUUUCCGAAGGUCAAAUCGUGUACCAAGGUCCAAGAGAAAAAAUCCUUGACUUCUUUAAAUUUAUGGGGUUUCGAUGCCCAGAAAGGAAAGGAGUUGCUGAUUUCUUACAAGAAGUCACAUCAAAGAAGGACCAAGAACAAUACUGGUUCAAAAAAAACAAACCAUAUAGAUUCAUUUCUGUUUCUAAGUUUUGUCAGGGAUUCAAAUCUUUUACCAUUGGUCAACAACUUACCUCUGAUCUCCAAGUUCCUUAUGACAAAUCUAAAGCUCACCCAGCUGCAUUAGUCAAAGAGAAAUAUGGUUUAUCAAACUGGGAGCUAUUCAGGGCAUGCUAUUCAAGAGAAGUACUGAUAAUGAAACGAAAUUCAUUUGUCUAUGUUUUUAAGACGGUCCAGAUCACCAUCAUGUCCGUCAUUGCUAUGACUGUGUUUUUAAGGACUGAAAUGAAAGUGGGCACUGUCAUUGGUGGAAGCAAGUUCCUUGGAGCCUUGUUUUUCAGUCUCAUAAAUGUCAUGUUUAAUGGAAUAGCAGAAUUGGCCCUCACUAUUUUCAGGUUUCCAGUGUUCUUUAGACAGAGGGAUUUCUUGUUCUAUCCUGCUUGGGCAUUCAGUUUGCCUAUAUUUAUCCUCAGAAUUCCUCUCUCUUUCAUAGAAUCAGGAAUAUGGACUCUUCUAACUUAUUACACGAUCGGGUUUGCUCCUGCUCCUAGUAGGUUCUUCAAGCAAUUUUUGGCCUUCUUUGCCACUCAUCAAACAGCUCUAUCGCUAUUUCGACUCAUGGCUGCAAUUGGAAGAACGCUAGUUGUAGCAAGUACUUUGGGAACCUUUGCUCUUUUAAUAGUUUUAUUGCUUGGAGGUUUCCUUAUUGACAGAGAUAAUGUUGAGCGAUGGAUGAUUUGGGGCUUUUAUUUGUCUCCCAUGAUGUAUGGACAAAACGCCAUUGUCAUCAAUGAGUUCCUAGAUGAUAGAUGGAGCAAGAAAAAUACAGAUAGUAGAAUUAAUGAACCUACAGUUGGGAAAGUGCUUCUUGCCAGUAGGGGUUUCUUUAAGGAAGAACGUUGGUACUGGAUUUGCGUUGCAGCACUUUUUGGCUUUAACCUUCUUUUCAACGUUCUAUUUACAAUAGCUUUGACUUACUUGAAUCCACUUGCUGAUGCAAAGGCUCUCAUUACCACGGAUGAAGACAAGAAGAAAAGAAAAAAUAAUACGGUCAAUGCACAAGAUCAAUUGCAAAGAAGAGGAAUGGUUUUGCCUUUCCAGCCACUUUCACUUGCAUUCAACCAUGUUAACUAUUAUGUAGAUAUGCCUGCUGAAAUGAAGCUGCAUGGGGUCGAGAAAGAUCGUCUUCAACUUUUAGAAGAUGUUAGCGGAGCUUUUCGACCAGGGAUAUUAACAGCUCUUGUGGGUGUUAGUGGGGCUGGGAAAACUACUCUCUUGGAUGUAUUAGCUGGACGAAAGACCAGUGGUUAUAUUGAAGGAAGUAUAUACAUCUCUGGUUAUCCCAAGAAGCAAUCAACCUUUGCUAGAGUAAGUGGUUACUGUGAACAAAUUGACAUUCAUUCGCCUCAUGUCACUGUCUAUGAGUCGCUCCUAUUUUCUGCUUGGCUCCGCCUUUCCUCCAAUGUUGAUACCAAAACAAGAAAGAUGUUUGUGGAAGAAGUUAUGGAACUAAUAGAACUAGAUAAAUUGAGAGAUGCUUUAGUGGGGCUACCAGGAGUUGAUGGUCUUUCAACAGAACAAAGGAAGAGAUUGACAAUAGCAGUGGAGUUGGUUGCUAAUCCGUCGAUUAUUUUCAUGGACGAACCAACUUCUGGUCUUGAUGCUAGAUCUGCUGCCAUUGUUAUGCGUACCGUGCGAAAUACAGUUGAUACUGGACGAACCGUUGUAUGCACAAUUCACCAACCAAGCAUAGACAUUUUUGAAGCUUUUGAUGAGUUAUUGCUCAUGAAACGUGGUGGACAAAUGAUUUAUGCCGGACCUCUUGGUGAGCGAUCUUGCAAACUCAUUGAAUAUUUCGAGGCUAUUCCAGGGAUUCCAAAGAUUGAAAAUGGUAAGAAUCCUGCUACAUGGAUGCUUGAGGUUACUGCUCCUCCAAUGGAGGCUCAACUAGAUAUUGAUUUUGCUGAUACUUUUGCUAAAUCUCCCAUUUAUCGGCGGAAUCAAGAACUUAUAAUGGAGCUUAGUACUCCUGCCCCUGGAUCCAAAGACCUACACUUCCCAACCGAAUACUCGCAAUCGUUUUUCUUUCAAUGCAGAGCUUGUUUCUGGAAACAACAUCGAUCUUAUUGGAGACACACUCAAUACAAUGCCAUACGCUUCUUCAGUACAAUAGUUGUCGGUAUCUUAUUUGGUCUAGUUUUCUGGAACAAGGGACAAAUAUUAGCCAAGCAACAAGAUGUGUUGAAUGUUAUGGGUGCUAUCUAUUCUGCUAUCAUAUUCCUUGGAGCUAGCAAUGCUUCAUCUGUGCAGUCUGUGGUUGCUAUUGAAAGAACAGCCUUCUAUCGAGAAAAAGCUGCCGGAAUGUAUUCCGCUUUGCCGUAUGCAUUUGCUCAGGUGGCAAUUGAAACCAUCUACGUUUUUGUUCAAUCUAUAAUUUAUUCUCUCAUUAUUUAUAGCAUGAUUGGAUUUGAGUGGAAAUUGGGGAAGUUUCUGCUGUUCUGUUACUUGGUUUUUAUGUGUUUCACAUACUUCACACUGUAUGGGAUGAUGGUUGUAGCAUUGACUCCAAACUACCACAUUGCAGCCAUUGUCAUGUCCUUCUUUGUUGGAUUUUGGAACUUGUUCACUGGUUUUCUUAUUCCUCGACCGGCAAUCCCCGUAUGGUGGAGGUGGUAUUAUUGGGCUAAUCCUGUGGCUUGGACUAUAUAUGGCAUUGUAGCUUCCCAGGUUGGUGACAAAGACAGUCUUGUUCAGAUACCAGGAGUUGGCAGUGUAAGAUUAAAGUUGUUCCUUAAAGAAGGGUUCGGGUACGAACACGACUUCAUCCCCAUCGUGAUUGCAGCACAUUUCAUCUGGGUUCUCGUGUUCAUCUUUGUGUUUGCCUAUGGAAUCAAAUAUCUUAACUUCCAAAGGAGAUAGGCAACCGUUUACUUGUUAUGUGAAAUUUGUAGUUUAUUACAUUUUUACUAUAGCCUUUGUAUCGUAGGAAAUCAAUUAUUUCAGAGUGACUAAAUGAGGAAA